AGCCUCGUUCCCGGGCAGUAUAAAGUUUGCUGUCUCCUUUGUUCGCCCUCGUUGCGCAGUAGUGCUAGCGGCUUCCCUCUUCCGUUCUCGGAGCCAGCGGCCCUCCCUCGUGCUGGGCUGCUACGAAGCCCCUGCCGGCGAGCUCGUAGGAGCUUGGAACCGUCGUCACCCCUCCGACUCUCACCAGGGGGAAAAAAUGGUUGAAGCAGAUCGCCCAGGAAAGCUUUUCAUUGGUGGCCUCAAUACAGAAACAAAUGAAAAAGCCCUUGAAGCCGUAUUUGGCAAAUAUGGACGAAUAGUGGAAGUUCUGUUGAUGAAAGAUCGUGAAACCAACAAAUCGAGAGGAUUUGCCUUUGUCACCUUUGAAAGCCCAGCAGAUGCUAAGGAUGCAGCCAGAGACAUGAACGGAAAGUCCUUAGAUGGAAAAGCCAUCAAGGUAGAACAAGCCACUAAACCGUCAUUUGAAAGUGGCAGACGUGGACCACCUCCACCCCCAAGAAGCAGAGGCCCCCCAAGAGGUCUUAGGGGCGGAAGAGGAGGAAGUGGAGGAACCAGGGGACCUCCCUCACGUGGAGGGCACAUGGAUGAUGGUGGUUAUUCCAUGAAUUUUAACAUGAGUUCUUCCAGGGGACCACUUCCAGUAAAAAGAGGACCUCCACCAAGAAGUGGCGGCCCUCCUCCUAAAAGAUCAGCCCCUUCAGGACCAGUUCGCAGCAGCAGUGGAAUGGGAGGAAGAGCUCCUGUGUCACGUGGAAGAGACAGUUAUGGAGGCCCACCUCGAAGGGAACCCCUGCCCUCUCGUAGAGAUGUUUAUUUGUCCCCAAGAGAUGACGGAUAUUCUACUAAAGACAGCUAUUCAAGCAGAGAUUACCCAAGUUCUCGUGAUACAAGAGAUUACGCACCACCCCCGAGAGAUUAUACUUACCGUGACUAUGGUCAUUCCAGUUCACGUGAUGACUACCCAUCAAGAGGCUAUAGUGAUAGAGAUGGCUAUGGUCGUGAUCGUGACUAUUCAGAUCAUCCGAGUGGAGGCUCCUACAGAGAUUCAUAUGAGAGUUAUGGUAACUCACGUAGUGCUCCACCUACACGAGGGCCCCCGCCAUCUUAUGGUGGAAGCAGUCGCUAUGAUGAUUACAGCAGCUCACGUGACGGAUAUGGUGGAAGUCGAGACAGUUACUCAAGCAGCCGAAGUGAUCUCUACUCAAGUGGUCGUGAUCGGGUUGGCAGACAAGAAAGAGGGCUUCCCCCUUCUAUGGAAAGGGGGUACCCUCCUCCACGUGAUUCCUACAGCAGUUCAAGCCGCGGAGCACCAAGAGGUGGUGGCCGUGGAGGAAGCCGAUCUGAUAGAGGGGGAGGCAGAAGCAGAUAUUAAAAGCAAACAAAACUUUGGACCAAAAUCCCCGUUCAAAGAAACAAACAAAACAGUGGAACCUUUUCUGUCAUAACUACCCAAGGACUACUAAAAGGAAAAAUUGUGUUACCUUUUUUAAAUUUCCUGUUAAGUUCCCCUUCCAUAAUUUUUAUGUUCUUGUGAGGGAAAAAAGUAAAAUCUGUUAAUCUUAUUUGACUUUAUGACAUUGCUUUCAGUAAGCAAAUGUUAAAUGUGUUUAAGACUUGACUUGUGUACUAGUGUUGUAAUUUUCCAAGUAAAAGUGUCCCUAAAGGUCACUUCCUAUAUCUUGAUUUUUCCCAGUAAAUGAGGCAAGCAAUUCUAGGACCUUCCACAAACAUCUAGCCAUCUAAAAUGGAGAGGUGGAAUUCUUCUGCCUAUACAAACAAGCUAGCUAUUAGAGGGUGGUCGGGAUAUGCUACUCUUAGGAUUUCAGAGUGUCUUCAAACUGAAAUCUCCAUGUUCUCAGUAUGAAAAACCUGAGAUCAGAUGCUUUUAUGUAAGGAAAGUGCUAUUCACCCAGUAAAUCCAAAAAAGCAAAUGGAUAAUGCUGGCCAUAUUUUGCCUUUCUGACAUUUCCUUGGGAAUCUACAAGAACCUCCCCUUUCCCCUCCCCCAAUAAGACCAUUUAAGUGUGUGUUAAGCAACUACAGAAUACUAAAUAAAAAGUUUGGCCAAAACCAACCAUGAAGCUGCAAACGGUGCUUGCUCUUACUGUUUCAAAUUUUUGCAACUCUGUAGUGUCUCACUUUUAAGGAACAGCUUGAUUGCAAAGGAGAAAAUAGAUAAGCAAUGAAGUUAUCUCCAACUUCUCAAAGGCUUAUGACUUCUAAAAAGUGAAUCUAUCAGCAUUCCACAUCAGAUUUAAAGCAUCAAAUGCCUGUGAAACAGCAAAGAUGGUAAGCAAAGCAAACUAGUUUUUCCGUCUAAGUCGAGAUUGAACACUUACCUUCCUCCUAGUACAGUGAGACAUACUGUACCUCAUGGCAAUGGAAAUGCUUUCUAGAUUAAAAAAAAACUUUUGGAAAAGCAAAGUGUUCGAUAGCAUAUUAGAAGUUCUCCAAAUUCAACACAUGGAUUUUUUUUUUUUUUAAAGCAUGUGUGACACUUAAAGGCCUUAAUAAUACAGCUGUUGUUUACCAAUAGCGAUCUGGGGCUUGGGAGGGGGUGCCUUUUUUUUUUUUUUUAAAGUAUUUUUGAUGAAGACCUUUAAACAUGCUUCGUAUGUUUUAACAUUUUUCAAAAUAGCCUUUUAGUCAAUAUAGGAAAUGGCUUAAGUUUGGGGUCCCACUCUUGCCCCUGUAAGCCAUUGCAAACUUGACAUUUAGUUGGAUGCCUGACUUGUUUUUAGUUCUAUGGAACUACACUGUAUGGAGAAAAUCUAUUGCAAAGUGGUCUUUAAAAAGCAAAACCUGAGGCAGCAUGACCCAGGUCCAGCCAUGAAGUUGAAAAAGAUGCUCUUGAAUAUAGUAAACUUGAAGACCUCCAACUAAAAAUCCUUACAAUGCACUUAUUCCUUCAAAUAAGUUUUGUCCGUUCAACUUAUGGAUUUAACAUGGCAGUGCACCAUUGGAACAGAAUGAGAAUCCAUAAGCCAUGCGACUUAACCAUUUUAAGCCAUUCCAGUCCAUCCCAAGCCAGUGAAUCUUCCACCACUUAAGAGAAUUAGUAGAACAUGAAAUACGUUAAGCUGCAAGUCUGAACUUGCCUUUUCUUUCUGGAAAAGAGCAGUUGUAGGCAAGUUUUGAAGAAUUUCCUUUAAGAGAGAUAACUAGUUUACCUAUUUAAUUUUUACAGGUUGAGGAUUUUGGUCCUUAUGGUUGGAGUGCUGAUUUAUUCACACUACAUAAACCUCACAGCAAGAGAAAUCAAAUGCUAAGAGUUGUUGAAGCAGAAGAAUGCUGAUUGUCGAUAAGGCACAACAGUUGCAUAAGCAGUACUCCUCAGAAUUGGUUUGGUGCAGGCAAUAGAGUUUUUGCCUUCGAGGGUUCCUGUGGAUCUGAGGAAGGAAGGCACCAGUGUUGAUUAGCACUCUUAACUAGGGAGUGGUAGUUACUUCAAAAAAGUAAUUGACCAGAUAAAGGGGAGCAUUUAAGGAAAUUGGUAAGUGGAGGUAGGAAGUUCUUGUGGUUCUUCACGUGGAUUUGACAAGUUUGGCUUUCAUUCUGUUAAAGUCCUGGGGGACGACUCUGCAGUUUAGAACUGGCUGAUGACUACUGUCAGAAAGUUGAAGUAGAAAAAUGAAAGGCGUAAGUGGUAACUCUUUAUCCAGUAAACUGUUUGAUUUUUUUCAGCAAGUGGAACAUUUUGGUGCAGUUUAUCCCGAAGUGGGGUUUAGUCAGAAAACCAAGGGAGUAGUGUCUGGAAACUUAGAGUAACUGGAACCAUGGACAAAAUGAUUGAAAGCACACUUUAAAAACUGGAAACAAAAUUGGGCCACUUGGCUUUUUUUUUUUUUUUUUUUAACUGUAUUGUUUGGUAAGCCUGCUUUUACCCCCACCACCUGUCUUGGAAACAAACCAAUUGUGUUGGAGACCAGAGCUGGUAGUAUAAAAAAGCUAAUGUUUCCAAAGGAAACAGAUUUGAGUAGUUGGGUUAGAAAAACCAACUCAACUCCUAAGACUUUUUUUCUUCAUCGUAAAAUCAGUGCUAUCAUCUUUGAUCUUUGUCAUUGUGGGAAAUAACCCCAAAAUUCUAACCCUCUUCGGACAGGCUUUUCUAAUCCCAGGCCAUGAGGGUAUUGACCAAAUUUAAAUAGCUGUUGACACUUAACAUAGCUGUCUUCCUCAAUCCUAUGAUGUAAAGUACGUGGGAUUAUGCUUCUGAUGACUUGGGCUCUGGAGAUUUUAUUUAAGUAUCUGGAAAAUAGUGUAGAACAUAGAAAUUAAACAUAGUGAUCAUUAAUAUGAAGUCGAAAUUAAGCAUACCCAAAUGACCAUUCAGCUGUUGGCAAAUAGUUUACUGACCCGGCAGACUUAAUUCUCCCGUUGGGAAAAGAAUCCAUCUUGAGUCUUCUGGCUUUAUACUGGUUGUAAAAGAAUGAUAUAAUGUUUUGUUGAACUGGUAGUUGAAUACAGAACUUAGAUAUCCUAGAUCACUUUUCUCUUUUUGGAAUGUUUUGUAUUUGAAACUUAAUAAAACUUAACAUGCA